GCCAUGUCUAGCGUCACCACGGCCGGCAGCGCGGAGGAGCACUCCGUCUCCGUCGAGGAGUUCGCCGGCACGCGCCUUUCUCUCGGGAUCGGCGGCGGCGAAGGGAGCCGGCCGCGGACGGUGCAGCUGUUCGGCGAGGUGCUGUCGCUGCAGGACGACGACGACGACGACGACGACCGUGAUGCAGCACGUCACCGGGAGCCCGCGGCGCCGGCGGGCAGGAAGAAGAGAGACGCCUCUACUGCCGCUGUUGGUAGUAGACAGAACAAGAAGGCAAGGACGUUCCAGGGCGGCGACCGACGUAGCCCGCCGAGCGGCGGCGGCGGUAGGAAGAAGCUCCGGCUCACCGGCGCGCAGGCCGCCAUGCUCGAGGACAGCUUCCGCGCCCACAACAUCCUCUCUCAUGCGGAGAAGCAGGAGCUAGCUCGUCGGGUGGGUCUGAGCGCGCGGCAGGUGGAGGUGUGGUUCCAGAACCGGCGGGCAAGAACUAAGCUCAAGCAGACGGAGGUCGACUGCGAGCUGCUCCGCCGCUGGUGCGACCGCCUCGCCGACGAGAACGCGGGACUCCGGCGAGACCUCGCCGACCUCCGGGCGUCCGCCAGGCUCGCCGUAUGCGCCGCAUGCCGCGACAAGCAGGUCACCGCCCGCGCCGGCGAGAUGGCCUGAGGGAAUGGCCGUUACUGACACCAAUCAAGCAAGGGAUCCCUGCCGUGGCUUGGGCCGGCCGGCCGGCCUCACCUAUCGAGCCAUUUGCAUGGUGACAUGCAUGCUGCUGGAAGACGGGCAUGAACCGCUGCGACGAAAUGUUUCAAGACACGGAGGAAGAGUCAGGUUCCGCCCGAACAAGAAGAGUUCGAGGCAGGACAGAACGAGAAUGAAUCGGAGGCGACGGCACACCGGCCCCGGCAAGGACCAAAGCAAGUCAGCAACACCGCGCCACUGCCCACCUCGCGUCCAAGCAUGGAUCGAGAGGCACAUGACUUUGGAACAGUUUCGUUCUCGGCUACAUCUCCUCACUCGCCCCUUGCACCGACAGAGCCGGCCUAUAUUCCUCUGGUCUAUUCCCAACCAAGAUGCAGAAACACCGGUAGCUACAACAUCGUUGUGUUCGACGACGACAUUCAAGGCAGCCCACUUUUUUUUCUUUCUAAUAAAUUUUGUAGUAAUGCUCCUGUUGGGAAACGAUGUCCUCCCUCGGUUCCAAAUUACUAUUCAUUUUGACU